AGACACCUAAAUGUCUGGCUAACUCCCUUUCCUUCUUCCACAAUUCAAUGGGAGACCUUCUUUGCUCAGUGUGUGUCCCUCUCCUUAUCUGUGCUGAAUGUGCUGAGUGUGAUGAUUCUCUCUGGCCUGCGUUACAGGCUGCUGGGAAGAUGACGAACAUCAGUGACCUGCCCGAAGAUCUCCUGCUAGAACUCCUUUCCCUGGUCCCCGCCCGGCAGCUGAUCUGUAACUGCCGGCUCGUCUGUGUCCUGUGGCGUGACAUGAUCGAUAUACCUACUCUGUGGAAACGCAAGUGCCAGCGGGAGGGCUUUAAUCAUCAGAAGUGGAACAGGACUAUCUCGGACUGGAAGAUCUUCUACUUCCUCUGCAGCCUGGAGAAAAACUUACUCAAAAAUCCUUGUGCUGAAGAGAGCUUUCAGUUCUGGAAACUGGACUCCAAUGAGGGAGACGAAUGGAAGGUUGAGGACCUGCCUGGGAAUCAUGGGAGACACUUUCCCAGCCAGCAAGUGCACAAGUACUUUGUCACCUCGUAUGGGUCGUGUCUGAAGUCUCAGCUCAUUAACCUAAAGGAAGCGGGUUACUGGGAUCAGCUGAUGGAUGAAGUACGGCCUGAUAUUACAGUCAGGGAUUGGUAUGCUGCCAGGUUUGACUGUGGGUGCCGUUACAAACUCUGCGUGCGGCUGCUCUCUGCAGAAAACAUUGUCCUUCAUGAGUUCCGUCCGCAACCAGUGGUCAUGAAGCAAUGGAGUGAGAUUGAUGUACAGUGGAGAGAGAUCUCUCACACUUUCCAGAACUACAAGGCUGGAGUUCGUUACAUCUUCUUCCAACACGGCGGAGGAGACACUCAGGGCUGGGCAGGAUGGUAUGGGUGCAGAGUGACCAACAGCAGCAUCACCAUUGAGCCAGGGACGUCCGCGUAGAGGUUCCAUGGGGAAGACUCAGUCUCUGGAACCAAAGGUCGCUCGUCGCCCUUCAGUUAAUCUGGGUGAAUUCUGCCAGUUCAGACUUUGUUUGGUAUCAGAUUUGGUUUGCUUGGUUGUUUUUUUCCUGCUGUCCCCAGCCUCUCUUGUGACUGUGUUUCCGUACUCUGGCAGACAUCUGACAAGCGAGCUCUCGGGAGUGGCAGCCAGCCUCCUACAAGCUCUGCCCUCUGAAAUGGCUCUUCUUCCUUAUGCUUUCUUUGCCAGGCCAAGCUGCAGAGUUUCUCCCCCAGGGCGGGGAGUGUGCCCCAGGGCUAAGGAAUCUGCCUCUUCUAAAGUACGUGGGCUUGGCUGUAGCACAAGGAGCCGAAUGUCAGAAAUGGGGGCCCCUGCAGCACUUUAAAGGAGACCUUCAAAGGGGUGGAGAUUAGGAAGUGAGGAUUGUGCCUGUGGGUUUCUGUAGAACAGCUGAGAGGUGUAAAAACCUAGUGAGCUUGGGAGGUUGAAACAGGGGGUUCUAACUCAGCAUCCUGUCACUCUGCCCCCCCAUUCAUGCUAAUUGAGCUGGAAUUGAAAGACAGGCUGUUGGCAGAGGAAGCCAGUUAUUGGAGUAAGGGAAAGCUAAGGGGCUUGGUGCAUAGAAGUAUCUCCAGAAGUGAGAGCUGCUAUCAGCUGAAAGGAAGGAAGAGGGGGAUCCCGGAGGAAGGCAGAAGUAGGCAGGACUGGCUAAUGUCACUACUAUUGUGCCCUGACCCAGAAGCAAAGGGCGAUGCUACUGACUCACUGCAAACCUCAAGGGUGGUGAAGGAGAGCUGGAGUGGGUGUGGUUUGCCGUUAAGGGCUGCAGGAACUCACCAGGGACCACUUGCGGGCAGGGACUUUUGUUGUUUUACCUGCUUUAGGAUCAGGAUUUUCAGGUCCUUUGAGAGCAGCAUUUUGCUUGGACAUAAAUAUUGCUUCUCUCACCUUUGGGUUUAGGGCUGUUGUGAACCUUUCGAGAGCUUGGUUAAUUGUCUGUGGUUUCCGUUGUUAGAGACGUGAACAAGUUCUCAAUGGUCUGAAUUAAACUGCUUUCUUGGAAUCGCUAGUCAAACAUAUGGGUUCUCCAGGCACCUAUAGAAGCUUCCCUGGAAAAUAAAGUGAGACUCCAAAUUGUAGCAUGUAAAGCAAGUGACAAAAAAGUUGCCAGGCCUCCUUUAUAUGCUGAAAACAAAACCACCUCCUCAAGCCCAUGUCAUCUCUCCCCCCUUCCUACAGUGUGAAAAAAAUCUCACUCUGAUUUCAACCCUGGGUGUCUGGGAUAGCUACGGAUUGACUAAAUGUAGCGGGGCUGAUGGAACCAGGCUGUAGCUUUUCCUGUACACUGGGGCCUCACUGCUUUAGUGUGUGGCUAAAAAGAAGGGUCCUGGAGCAUCCUAGCACCAAGGAAAGGAAGUGGGGCAGAGAGGAGUGAGUUUUCUUUACACCUGAAGUGCUUGUGCUACUGGCUGGCUAACAGGAAUCAAUAAAGUGAAAUUUGGAAAUCUGCA